CGUGAGCACUCUGUUGAAGUGGAAAUAGAUCAGUUGGAAACUGAACGAGCUAAACGCCGUUACGUUUCCGAGUUCUUAUCUUCUGAACUAACAGCCUUAAGUCUUCAUAACAACGAAGAAGACUCUUCUGUCACUAAUACUAAGCAAAUGGAUAUAACCGAUUUAGAUGCUAAUCUACUAAAAAAUAAGUCUCGAAAACAUGUUGUUAUGGUUACUGAUCUCGAUGCUUAUGACUCCGAAGAUUCCGAAGAAAAAAGUGAUGAGCCAAAAGGAAUAAACCCUCGAAAAAACAAGGAAGUCGUACAUGAACGUCGUAUUUCUGAAAUUAUGGAUAAUGGUAAACUAUCUCCCAUUCCUGAGGAUCCUGUGAUCGACUCAGAAGAAAUGGAUUUAGACCUUGAUGUUGAAAAUAACAGAAUUUCUUAUGAUGGGUAUUUGGGUGACGAUGAUGAAGAUGGUGUUGAAGAAAUGGAAUUGUAA